AUGUGUAAGUUCAAACGUCAGUCUCAGUUGAUUGUUCCACCUCAGCCAAUAGUGGCAGCAGUUGGUUCUGACAUCAUUUUGCCGUGUCAUCUGAAACCUGCGAUGGAUGUUACUGCAGAGACGUUGGAGUGGACGAGGUUCGACCUAAACCUGAGAUUUGUCCUUGUGUGGCGCGAUGCUCAGACAGAACAUCCCUCCUACAAAGGAAGAACAUCACUGUUCACUGAUGAACUGAAGCGAGGAAACAUUUCACUGAAACUCUCCAAAGUCCAACUCUCUGAUCAGGGAACAUACACAUGUAACAUUCUGGAUAAACAAUCUUCUGUGGAGCUUGUUGUUGGAGCUGUCUCCUCGCCCGUCAUCAGUUUAGCAGGGACAGACAGAGACAGAGGAGGAGUGAUGUUAGACUGUGAGUCUGCAGGCUGGUAUCCAGAGCCGGAGGUGUUGUGGCUGGAUGCUGAGGGAAAGCUCCUCUCUGCUGGACCUCCAGAGACAGUCAGAGGUCCUGAUGACCUCUAUACUGUCAGCAGCAGAGUGACUGUGGAGAAGAGACACAGCAACAGCUUCACCUGUAGAGUCCAGCAGAAGAACACCAACCUCAGCAGAGACGCUCACAUCCAUGUUCCAGAGGGUUUCUUUCCAGUCCAGUCCAGUUCUUCUCCCCUCUUUAUUGUUCUGGCUGUUACUGUGGCUGAGCUGACAGAGGGACAGCAGAAGCUGACUGAGGGACAGCAGAAGCUGACAGAGGGACUGCAGGAGCUGAGAGAAGGACAGCAGAAGCUGACAGAGGGACAGCAGAAGCUGACAGAGGGACAGCAGAAGCUGACAGAGGGACUGCAGGAGCUGACAAAAAGACUGCAGGUGGAGACCAGGCUGCAGGAAAUGACAGAGGGACUGCAGGAGAAGACAGAGGGACUGAAGCAGCUGAGAGAUCAAGUCAAGGAACGAGUGGAGGAGGUGGAGGGAGAGUUGGCGGAGAACAAGAAGGAGCUUGAGGCCGUGGAGACGGAGAUAACAGAGAGAGAAAAGAAGUUUGACAAACCUCAGGAGUUAUUAACAAGAAAGGAAAACUUAUUCAAGGCUCAGUGGAAGUUGAAGGAGACGAAGAAGAACUAUGAGAAACUAAAGAUGAAGAUAGAGCAGCUGCACUGCACGUGGAAGCAUCGCUCCUUCCUCAUUACCCUCCUGGGUCUCUCGCAGGAGGUCGGUCGCCCUCGGCCCGUCAUGGCGAUGGUUGGCGAGGACGUUGUUCUGCCUUGUCAGCUGGAUCCUCCCGUGGAUGCUGUUUCCAUGACGAUAGAGUGGGCGAGGCCGGACCUGGACCCCAGAUUUGUCCACGUGUGGCACGAUGGUCAGGAGCUUCUGGACGACCAGAACGAGGCGUACAAGGGAAGAGCGUCGCUGCUCGCCGACGCUCUGAAGCACGGAGACAUUUCUCUGAAACUGUCCAAAGUGAGGACCUCUGAUGACGGGAGGUACAGAUGCUACAUCCCAACGCUGAGUCAAGAACACUUUGUGCAGCUGCUCGUCGGAGCCGUCUCCUCGCCCGUCAUCAGUUUAGCAGGGACAGACAGAGACAGAGGAGGAGUGAUGUUAGACUGUGAGUCUGCAGGCUGGUAUCCAGAGCCGGAGGUGUUGUGGCUGGACGCUGAGGGAAAGCUCCUCUCUGCUGGACCUCCAGAGACAGUCAGAGGUCCUGAUGACCUCUAUACUGUCAGCAGCAGAGUGACUGUGGAGAAGAGACACAGCAACAGCUUCACCUGUAGAGUCCAGCAGAAGAACACCAACCUCAGCAGAGACGCUCACAUCCAUCUUCCAGCAAACUCUGUCGGGCUCCUGGUGUAG